AUGGGUCGAACGAUCCUUAUAACAGGGGCCAAUCGCGGUUUAGGUUAUGAGCUUGCUAGGCAAAUGUCAGAGUCAGCCACCGUUAUUGGUACGGCGAGAAAUCCUUCUGAUGCCCAGAAACUUCGAGAGCUGAAGAAUGUCCAUAUUGUGGGCAUGGAUGUCGCAUCAGAAGGAUCGAUCAAAUCUGCUUUGGAGGAAAUCAAGAAACAUGCCCCUAAUGGCAUCGAUGAGCUCUGGAACAACGCCGGUCGAAACGGAGUCAAAGGUCCCAUCACUGAAGAAAUUGACACCAAGGAAUGGCUUGCCGAAUUCCAGACCAAUGUUGUUGGGCCGUCAAUUGUGACUCGUCUGGCUCUGCCACUUUUGCGAAAGGCUCAAAAUGCGAAGGUCAUAUUUAUGUCUUCCGGAUGUGGCUCUGUCACCGAAAGAGCUGGUGAUGACACAAUGCCGGUGUACUCGGCUUCGAAAGCAGCACUGGACAUGACAGUCAAGUACUGGUAUACUGCACUGAAGAAGGAAGGCAUUGCAGUAACAGCCAUGGACCCAGGCUGGUAUGAGAAACGCACAUCUGCCACACCAGCGCACAAGCUGACACAGAAAAUAGGGUCCUUACUGACAUGGGAGGGCCUGAAGCUCAACUCGCCCCUGAAGUUUCGAUAG